AUUACAUUGGUUUAUGUGUUUUCCAGGUUGAUCUUCCUAUUAAUCCUUUUAUUUUUGAAAAAUUAGGAUAGCUGCGUAUUUUCCUUACCCAAAUUAUGGUGUUUUAGUUUUUAAAAUGUUUUGGAUUAACUGACUUGACCUUCACUUUUCUGUGAAUUUUUCUGUUGGUUGAUAUGCCUUUCUUCCUCACCAUACUAGAGAAAGGGUGAGGAACAAAAAAGAUGGUUGCUUUCUUAAUAGAUGUGGGGGAUUUGUAUCUAAAAAUAUCUCUUUGGUGUGACUUUAUAAUCUUAAGUACCUUCUGAAAUUUUCUAUGUUUCCUUAUUUUUCAAGUCAUGGGAUUAUAUAGCUGCAUUUGGUUAGGUGCUACGAUCUUUCGCAGGAAACAUGACGGUGACUUAAUUGAUUUACUUUAAAUGUGAAGAAUAUAACCGUAAGUUAAACCAAAACCAGAAAAGGCAUCCGACAUUGUUAAAUAGAAGAGGGAGGGUACCAGUCCGCAGAGGCAGUGGGACUUCUGCGAGCUUUGUGUCCUCUCUUGUACUUGUCAAAGUACAGUUAUUGCUCCUAGCGUUCUAUUGAUUAAUGCACAAGUGGAACUUGAUUGGUUUCGGUUGAUGAGAGUGUGGAAUUGUUGCGGAGACUUAUUUUGAAGCUGGCACAAUGGGUUCUGUAUGUUGUUGUUUGAAUUCUGAGGAUUUUGAAGAUUAUGUGAAUCCGAACAGUUCUGCAUAUAGGGACUGUGCCUGUCUUAAUUGCUUUCUUCAGAACUUUCUAAAUGUGUAUACAUCACUAUUCAGAAGAGGGGAAGUGCAUUCGAUCCCCUCAUCCAUUCAGGGGGCUGCAUCAAUGAAUUCCUCAGCAUCACUUGACAACUCCUUAUCUGACAUGUAUCGUUCGCCUCCAAGGCCCUUGCCUUAUGAUGCUGACCCCAGAUACAUUCGCUUGCAGCGCGAUGGGUUGAUUUCUAGGCGGGAGAAGGGCUCAAGUCACUCUCAUGAGGAGGCUGAACCUCUAAGAAGUGAUACCGAUGCAGAUUCUGAAAGUUUGAGUACAGGAGAAAAAUGGAAUGGCUCUACUUGUGAAGAUGGGUCAAAAGAACAUCGUUCCAAGUCCUCAAUGAAAUUCUCAUCGGCCAAAGCUACAACUGGAAUUGGGAACUUCUAUUCAUCAUCAGAGGACGAGGAUGUUUGUCCAACAUGUCUUGAAGAAUACACACACGAAAACCCAAAAAUAAUAACAAAAUGCUCUCAUCAUUUUCACCUUGGUUGUAUAUAUGAAUGGAUGGAGAGAAGUGAAAGCUGUCCUGUUUGUGGCAAGGUGAUGGUAUUCGAUGAAACGACUUAAUCGCGAUCGAAAAGGUUUGCGUCGUUGAUGAAUCCAACAACUUCGGAAGAGAGAGAACACCAAGGAAGUGAUUUUCAUUGUGAAUACCACAUGUCGAAAAGUGUCAAUUGAUGGUACAUAUAAACUUGAUUUCUGAGAACUUGUGAGUAAAUAUUCAUUCCAUAUGAGUUCUUGCUUUACUGUGGUCAUUGAGCAGUAAUUGUCUUCUGUGGAGUAGAAGGUUAAAUUAUGAUUUAACUUUUCACUU